CACAUCUGUGUAGUAACAGCAGACGCGGCUCGCGGUGCUCCUCGUUGGCGGCGGAAUUGCGCAGCAGCUCGGUUGAUCUCUUUUUUCAGUCUGCGGGCAGAUUGGAUUUCCUCCAAUUUCCAAGAGAAAAAUGCUGCAAGCCAUCCAGGUGCACGCCGAGGCCGUGCAGGACAACUACGAGUCGCUGCACGCGCUGUCCUGUCAGGCGUCGGCCGAGGACAUCAGGGCCAUGUCCGACAAGAUGCACGAGGACCCCGAGUCGCUCCAUAGGAUUUGCAUGCCGCUGCUCACCACGCCACUCCACCACGCGGCAGCAAGAGGACACAACGCGUGCUUGCAUUUCCUGCUUGGCAAAGGCGCGCGGCCCAACAUCGAAGACCGCACCGGCUGCACCCCGCUGGAGACAGCGAUCAGCCACAACCACGAGGAUUGUGUCCGGGCGCUGCUGGCCCACGGUGCAGACCCAAACUUCCAGUCCGAGUCCAACUUCAGACAGAGCCGCACCAGGUGCCUCACUAAAGCCUGCAUGGACGGCAAAAUCAACAUCGUCAAGAUGUUGUUGGAGGCAGGGGCGGUAGUGGAUGACGUGCCCCCCGACGCCCCCGACUACCUGCUGCUCAGCCCAUGCAGUUUCGCCGUCACCUAUGGCAACCCUGAAAUUUUGCGCCUGCUGCUCUUCCACGGUGCCGUCACAGAUUUGGGUCAGCUGCCUGAAUGCAGCGACCGGCACCUGCUGGUGCUCAAACACCUCCUUCCUCACCUCGCCGUUGCUCACAAAAUGAGGAACGGAUACGAGGCGACAAGGUUGACCAUCGAGAUUUUGAGAAAGUUCGGUGCUGAUUUCUGCAAAAAGGACCAAUACGGAAAAGCACCGAAGCAGAUUAUUCAAAUUUUGAAAAACUCGCACAUCUGUGACCAGUUUGAUGACAAAAUCGACGAGUACCUUGACGAGUGUGCCUGUCCAUUGCCCUUAAAAGACCUCAGCAGAGUAAAUUUGGUCAGAAAUUUGAAGACGAGAUAUUUCGACGUGAUUCCGAAUUUGAACAUCCCACGAUCGCUAAAACAAUUUUUGAAUGACAUUUGAAAUUGUAUAAAGCAGAUUAUUUAUUUUCAAGAAAUGAAAUAUCUUAUAAAGAUAUGACAAUUAUUUGAGCUGAGCUCAAAACGUUUCAAGAAUUUAUAGGAAAAUUUAAGAGAAAAUGAGGAAAAAAAAUGAAAAAGUACAAGAAGAUCGGUAAAAAUGGAAAAAUUUAAUUUAGACAGAUUUCAUCUGUUAGAAAUAGAUACCUGUAAAGUUAAAUUUUAUUGUAUUAUUUCUUUCUAAGUAAGUAUUAUGUAAUUUUAAAAAUAUGUUUAUUCCCAAUUUAUUUACAGUGUAAAAUGUGCCUAAAAAUAAGGAAAAAAAUUUAUGAGGCUGUUGUAAAAAGCUUAAAUGUAACAAAAAUUAUGGUUCUUAUGCUUGCAAAUGAUUUAUUUUUAAUUUAAGUAUUCUCUCUAUGAAAAAAAUAAAAUAAUUUUAAUCCUA